AUGACGAAACUCUCGGCUUUCUUUUGUGGAAUGUUCCCCUCCAGCUCUCCUCCGGUUGAUCAGAGUCCCAGUUCCGCGCCGGUGCAUACUCCAGCUCCUCCGCCUUCUACACGACCCACACCAGCUCCUCCGGCACCUCCACCACGGCCACCGAUGAAAACACCGGAGGUCUCCGAGCAGGUCACGAAUGAGGUGCUUCAGGAUUCGAUAGACGCAGUGACAAGCGGCGUUCAAGCAUGGGACCCAGAAGAGUACAUUCUCAACUCGCUCCUGCAGGAAGCAGUUCGAAAUCAUGGACGAGUGGAUCUGAUGCAGAAGAAGAGCGGGGAGAAGUUUGCCGUGAAAAGGAUGCCGAACAGGUGGGUCCGCGAAGGAGACAGGGAGUUCAAUGAGCAGUACCCGACUGCCUCAGAACGUCCUUGGGUGGACAUCGGCCUCGUGAGGUAUUUGAACACCAUCCAAUAUCCAUAUGCUUGUGAGCUCAUCGGUGUCUUUCGUGACGAAGAGAACACAUACGUGACAGUUUCAUUAGCUACGCAAGGGGAUCUUUUCUCUUGGUGCGAUCGAGAUCCACGCCCAGGACCCGCCAGGGAGGCGGUCAUGCUCCCCAUUGUCGGGCAGAUCUUCACAGCAGUUAGGUGGCUUCAUGACUUGGGUGUGGCGCAUCGAGACUUGUCCUUGGAGAAUAUUCUCCUGACGGACAAUGGAGGCUCGCAGCAGGUCAAGCUCAUCGAUUUCGGAAUGUCUACCACCCAACGGGUAUGCAAGAGAGAGCUCCGUGGUAAGCAAUCCUACCAAGCUCCCGAGAUGCACGGUCCAGAAUACGAUGCCUUUCUGGCCGACGAGUUCGCGCUCGGGGUUGUUCUCUUCGCCAUGGCCGUGCAGGACUACCCUUGGACUUCAACCAAGAAGAACUCAUGCCAGCUCUUUGAGUACAUCUCCACCUUUGGCUUGAUGAAGUUCUUGAAGAAGAGAAAGUUACGCAAGGGCGCGGAGCACUUGUCGGAUGUCCUAAGCACCGAGCUUGCUCAGUUGAUCGAUAGCAUGCUGCAGUUGGAGCCCGGCAACCGUCUUUGCCUUGGCGAAUCCUGCUUCAGCGGUGAGGCCCGCCGCUCGGUGUGGGACGAGGUAUGGAUACAACGCUUUCGCGGACAAAAGUAA